AAGGGGAGAGAGGAACAAAAUAGAAAGAGAAUCGAACCUUACACGUUUCUACUUUCUAGACUCUCUCUCUCUCUCUCUCUCUAAAAUUCUCCUACUCUCUCUAGAAUUCUUCUACAAGUAAUCCACUCUCUCUGUCACAACUUUCUCUGCAAGGAAUCCAAACUUUUUCCAUUGAUCUCUUUCUCUCUGCAAGAACUCAUCGACUGUAGAGAGAGAAAGGAACAAUACUGUAGAGAGAAAGGAACAAGACCAUAGGAAAAUUAGGAACUGGGAAAAUGGGAGGACAACGAACGGUGGGGAUUGGAAUGGAUUACUCGCAGAGCAGCAAGGCGGCGUUGAGAUGGACGGUGGAUAAUGUGUUGGAUCAUGGAGAUACCUUGGUCCUCAUCCAUGUCCAAUCUCCAAAGGCAGAUGUUCCUCAAAAGAAGUUAUGGGAAAACACUGGCUCGCCUUUGGUGCCUUUAGACGAAUUUCGUGAGGUUAACAUAUCGAAACAGUACCGGUUGAGCCCAGAUCCUGAGGUUCUCGAUAUUCUUGAUACUGUUUCAAGGGCCAAAAACGUGAAAGUGGUAUUAAAGGUUUACUGGGGGGAUCCAAGGGAGAAGCUUUGUGAUGCAGUUGACGAUUUGAAACUCGGUUCUUUGGUGGUGGGCAGCAGGGGUCUAAGCAUGCUAAAGAGGGUUCUUUUAGGGAGCGUGAGCAACUACGUUGUAACGAAUGCUGCAUGUCCAGUGACCGUUGUAAAAGCAGCACCCUCAUCCAAGCCCUAAAUUUUUCUUUUUUCUUUUUCUUUGUCUGCAUAUUUAUGUUUGGGUUCUAUUAUUGUUUGGGUGAUCUCUCUCUCUCUCUAACUCAAACCACCUUUGCUUUGUUAAGAGUUUUCCGUCUGUGCUUCUUGUUAAAGAUUUUUUCCUAUUUGAUUUUAUUUUGCAUGUAUGACUUAGUGUUAUUUCCUUGAAUCUAUAUUAUUUGGGCUUCUGGGGUUUGGACCAUGGGGUUCGUGUAGGUGAUGGUUCUUAUGGCUUAUAAAACAAAGGUUGUGCCUAA